AAUUAAAGUUCCUGCAUGAUUUGGCAAUUACCCCUUUCAAAAUUAGGGUGGAUUUACAAAUCCCGAAGUCCAACUUCCGAAGCGCAGAGUACCACUUUCAAUACCUCAGCUUCUUAUACCUCUCCAAAACCCUCGACUCACUUUUCUUUCCAGCCACCGCUCUUCAACAAUGGCGUCUCGUUGCAGAACGAUCUCAAAGCCAGCAAUGAGCUUUCUCAAAUCCACCUUUUCAAAGAGCACACCCAUGUUCUCAGCUCAAUCGGCGCGCCUCUCUCCAUCGCCAUUUUCGAGGACAUUGCCUCAAAUAGCUAUGCUCCAAUCUCUGUUACCUCUCCACUCGGCGCUGUCGUCGGCUCGACUAACCUCUUGUCUAGGCAUAGACACCAAGGGCUGCAGAUCUUUGUCUCAGGGUAUGCUCUGCAGUGCCAACCCUGGAGUUUGAUAGAUUUUGUAAUGUUUCUAACUAGGUCUCUCGGUGCCGCGAUGAGAGAGGAAAUGUAAUAAAGGUUGAAGAAGAUACUUGAAUUUGAUGGCUCCUAUUAGACAAUAUACUUUCACAAUCUACUAGAGUGGGAACCACUGGCAAAUUUUUGUAUAAGCAAUAUCUUCUCUUGUGUAUUGAAUCAUUACAUUUGUAUUUGUGUUUGAGCAUGGUUUGGUUUCAAUUGUGAUGUGUAGAGAGUUGGAAGAUAGGUCUACUAGAAAACUUGUGCUCUCAUAUUUGAACUUUGAACUCUCUAUUGAUACCUUUGCUAGUCGAGAUGAUUAUGAUGUGUUGAUGAUGUGGCAAA